CUAUUAUUAUGUCAAAGAAGCAAGCAAAGAGAGAGUUAGCAAUCUUGGGCCUGAAGAGAAGAACCUCUCCAGUUUGAUAUGAGAUUAAUUAUUUUUUAUAGUAAAGAAAAAGAAAGAGUUUGAGUUUAUGAAUAUUUUAUUAGAGGUUUUAAAAGUAAAAAAAGAAAAAGAAAUAGGAAGGAGUAAAGAGAUUAGGUUCUGUAAUAAUUUAGCAAGCAAGAGCAGUUGGGCAGUAGUUAGUGAGAGCUUCUCUUUUAAAUUAAUCAUACCUCUAGCUAACCCAAUUAUAAUCCCAUUGUUUCUCUCUCUCUCUCUCUCUCUCUGUGCAUGCUUUUGCCUGUAUUUUCUCUCUAGGUUCCAUAGGGGUCUUUUUUGCAUUGUCUGGGUGAUUUAUCAAAAAAAGUUGGAAUUUUGAUGCUUGCUUACUAUUUGUGGAAAUGCCCAAUUGGUGAAUUUGGUUUAAACAAGCAUUUGAUGCUGUUUUGAAGGUUCUUUCAAACACCCAUUUUAGGGGACUGUGAAUGAAGCUCUGUUUCAUUUCUGUUCUUGCAUAAUUCAACUACAAUUUGAUGCUUUCUGGCCUCUUUUAGAAAUACCCAUCUCAGAAUAUCUCAAAAGGGUUCUGUUCUCUGUGUGAUUUCCUUUUGUUCUUCGAGCUGCUUUUGGGUCUUUGAUUCUAAACUUGAACAAUUAGGCACCCUUAAUUCCCACAUUCAUUGCUUAUAAUUUGAGUCUUUCUCCUCAAUUAGGCUGUGAAAUGAUGAGAGGAGCUGCUUUCUGGUUGUAGCAAAAGUUAAAAGGGAAUCUGCUUUUUGUUCUAAGGGUAUAGUGACCUGUUAUUUGGGUAAUGCCAUCACUUUAUGCUCUGAAAGGUUUCACUUUUCUUGUCUGUAAGAAGAACUAUUCUUCAAUUUCUUCGUUGAAUAUCAUUGCAGUAGACUUGAUUUAGGAUUUGUUUGAGGUAAGUAGCUGCUGCUGCCUUAGAUUUUAUGCUUCGUGUUUUCUACUUUUUACUUUGUGUCUUAUAGGAUGCUGCUAUGACAUUUUUCUUUUACUUUACCACCCUCUCAACUCUAUAAAGCUGCAAACAUUACUUGUUCCUUGUUCAGUCUUGCAAGAUAUCACCACCUCAUUCUUGGUCAAAUCCACUUUGCCUUUAAAUUCUAUUGUUCCUUCUGUUGUACAUCUACAUUUAACUCUUCUCUUAGGGUUUGGAAAAUGGGUGGUAGUGGUGACGAUAAUGAUGGUAUGGCAUUUCAAAGCGGGGGAGAAAGUGUCGCGAAUUGUCGAUCUUCGGGAAUGAAUACAAAUCCUUUCUUUCCUCCUGCUUGGGAUCCAGUUGUUGAGAAUUUUGGAGGUUCAUCAAUGGUGUCUCAGAGUGAAUUUACCAAUUCUCAUUACCCUGUUCUGAUGGAAACUCAGGGAAUUAGUAGCUCUUCCCAUCUUGUCCAUUACCCAUCUGAUUCAAGUUUUGUUGAGCUGGUUCCAAAGUUUCAUGCAUAUGGAAGUGGGAGCUUUUCAGAAAUGGUUACCUCCUUUGGUCUAACUGAUUGUGUCCAGAUUUCAAAUGCUGGAUGCCAUCCUAAUUAUACGCUGAAUCCUUCGGCUAACAAUGAUAAAACUGCUACGAAUAAUGCACAAUCUCAAGAGGAUCAUCAACUAUCAGAAGAGCCUGUAACAGGAGUUUCACCUGACGGAAAGAAGAGAAAAAGAGCGGUUGAGUCUUGUUCGCCUUAUGAUCGAAAGAAGAUUGCUGAAGAAGAGAUAGAAAAGGAUCCUUCUGGACAUGGUUCUGAUGCUCCUGAAGAACAGGAUGAAAAGAAACAAAGAGCCGAACAAAGUACUGCUGCUAAUUUGCGUAAUUUGCGCGGUAAACAAACAGCUAAACAGGCAAAAGAAAAUUCUCAUAGUGGGGGAGAAGAUCCGAAAGAUAAUUACAUUCACGUGAGGGCCAGAAGGGGUCAGGCUACCAAUAGCCACAGUCUUGCUGAAAGGGUGAGAAGAGAAAAAAUCAGUGAGAGGAUGAGAUUGCUUCAAGAACUUGUUCCAGGAUGCAAUAAGAUUACUGGAAAGGCCGUAAUGCUCGAUGAAAUUAUCAACUAUGUGCAGUCAUUGCAACAGCAGGUUGAGUUUUUAUCGAUGAAACUUGCCACCGUAAAUCCAGAAAUAAACAUUGACAUUGAGAGACUUCUGUCGAAAGAUAUCCUUCAUUCAAGAGGUGUCAAUGCUGCAAUUAUGGGUUUGAAUCCUGGAAUGAAUGCUCACCCAUAUUCACAUGGAAUGUUUCCGCCAAACUUAUCACUAAUUCCGAACGGAAAUCCACAAUUUUCUCAUUUGCCUCAUAAUGUCUUAGACAGUGAUGUCCAAAACCUUUACCAAAUGGGAUUCGAUUCCAGCUCAGCCAUCGACAGUCUGGGACCAACUGGGCGCUUGAAACCGGAGCUCUAACAUCUUGAAUAGGCAAAAAUGCUCUAAUUUAUCCUAACAAAGAAUUUGAAAUGAUCAUUUCAAGUUGGUUUCAUUUGGGAAAAAGAAAGAAGCUAUUUGGUUGUAUAGGUUGCAGCUCCUAACUUAUUGUUCUUCUAUUUUUUAGCAGAAGAAAGGUCUUACUGGUUAAAAUCACACACUUGUACAUUUUCAGACAACAAAAAAGAGGAGACUUUUGAUUGGUUUAAUUCAGAGUUUUUGUUUUCUUUAGCAUUUGGCAUUGCAAAUUAGAGAAAUUUACGAGAAGAGCCUUGUAAGUUGUAUCUCUUGCAGAGGACAUCAAUUAGUUUUUCUAAUUAAUUCCCAAAUCUUGAUAAUUAACUUCAA